AUGCCUUUGGACGUGGAGAAGACCAUUGAAGAGCUUCGGCUCGGUGAGAAAAUUGACCUUGUGUCCGGAAUCGACUUCUGGCACACUGCGUCCGUCCCCAGACUGAACAUCCCCAGCCUGCGCAUGUCCGAUGGCCCCAACGGCGUCCGUGGAACUCGCUUUUUCAACGGUGUGCCAGCAGCAUGUUUCCCCUGCGCCACGGCCCUCGGAUCAACCUGGGACACCGAAUUGCUGCACAAGGUCGGGCAAUUGAUGGGAGAGGAAGCCAUUGCCAAGGGUGCGCACGUCAUAUUGGGUCCCACAAUCAACACACAGCGCUCGCCGUUGGGUGGCCGGGGGUUCGAGUCUUUUGCUGAAGAUGGUGUCCUCUCCGGCCAAUUAGCUGGUCACUACUCUAAGGGUGUCCAGGAGAAAGGCGUUGCCGCUUGUCUUAAGCACUUUGUGUGCAAUGACCAGGAACAUGAGCGGUUGGCGGUAGAUUCUAUUGUCACGGACCGUGCUACGCGCGAGAUUUAUCUCUUGCCGUUCCAUAUUGCGAUGAGGAUUUGCAAGACGGCUACCGUGAUGACGGCUUACAACAAGAUCAACGGCACACAUGUCAGUGAGAAUAAGAAGUAUAUCACGGACAUCCUUCGCAAGGAAUGGGGCUGGGACGGGCUGGUUAUGAGUGACUGGUUCGGAACAUACAGUACAUCAGAGUCAAUCAUCGCCGGGCUUGACAUAGAGAUGCCAGGGAAGACUCGCUGGCGUGGAGGCGCCCUGGCACACGCCGUCUCCUCAAACAAGGUCCACGAGUUCAUCCUGGAUGAACGUGUCCGUAAUGUUCUGAACCUAAUCAACUACGUCGAGCCACUGGGCAUUCCUGAAAAUGCCGAGGAGAAGGUCCUGAAUCGGCCCGAAGACCAAGCCCUACUACGAAAGGUUGCCGCCGAGUCCGUUGUGCUCAUGAAGAACGACGACAAUAUUCUCCCAUUCAACAAGGAAAAGUCCAUCGCGGUUAUUGGACCAAACGCCAAGAUCGCCGCCUACUGUGGAGGUGGCUCUGCAUCUCUAGAUGCCUACUACACUGUCACGCCCUUCGAAGGCGUAACAGCCCAGAGCAAAGGCGAGGUCCAGUUCGCCCAAGGCGCCUACUCGCACAAGGACCUUCCCUUGAUUGGACAUCUCCUGAAGACCGACGACGGCAAAACAGGCUUCAAGUUCCGCGUCUAUGACGAGCCCGCAUCCAGCAGCAACCGCGAACUCCUCCACGAGCUGCACCUGACUUCAUCCCAAGGCUUCCUCAUGGACUACCGCCACCCCAAGAUCAAAUCCUUCCUCUACUACGUCGACAUGGAAGGCUACUUUACUCCCGAAGAGUCCGGCAUUUACGACUUCGGCGUCGUAGUCGUCGGCACAGGGAAACUCCUCGUAGACGACGAAGUUGUUGUCAACAACACCAAGAACCAACGCCUCGGCUCCGCCUUCUUCGGCAACGGCACCGUCGAAGAACAGGGCUCAAAAGAACUCAAGGCCGGCCAGACCUACAAAGUCACCCUGCAAUUCGGCACAGCACCAACUUCAGACAUCGACACCCGCGGCGUGGUCAUCUUCGGCCCAGGCGGAUUCCGCUUCGGCGCCGCCCGCCGCCAAACGAAGGAAGAACUCAUCUCCAAGGCCGUAGAGCUCGCCUCAAAAGUAGACCAAGUCGUCGUCUUCGCAGGUCUCACAAGCGAAUGGGAAACAGAGGGCUACGACCGUCCAGACAUGGAUCUCCCCCCGGGCUCAGACGAGCUCAUCUCCGCAGUCCUCGACGUGAACCCCAACGCCGCAAUCGUCAUCCAGAGUGGAACCCCCGUGACAAUGCCCUGGGCCUCAAAGACCAAAGCCCUCCUCCAGGCCUGGUUCGGCGGCAACGAGUGCGGAAACGGCAUCGCAGACGUGCUCUACGGCGCCGUUAACCCCUCCGCAAAGCUCCCCCUGACCUUCCCCGUCCGCCUCCAGGAUAACCCCAGCUACCUGAACUUCCGCUCCGAGCGCGGCCGUGUCCUCUACGGCGAGGACAUCUACGUUGGAUACCGGUACUACGAGAAGGUAUCACUCCCGCCCCUCUUCCCGUUUGGCCACGGCCUCUCGUACACGACGUUCACGCGCGAGAACCUGAGCUUGACCACAACGCCUGAGCAUGAUAAACUCGGCGACGGCGAGCCCAUUACCGCCACAGUGACGGUUACGAACACGGGCGAGCUCGCGGGUGCUGAAACAGUGCAGUUGUGGGUUGUGCCGCCGCCGACGGAGGUGAACCGGCCUGUGCGUGAGCUGAAGGGGUUCGCCAAGGUGCGCUUGGAGCCUGGGGAGUCGAAGACCGUUGAGAUCGUGGUUGAGAAGAAGCUGGCGACGAGCUGGUGGGAUGAGAAGCGGGAUGCUUGGACUAGUGAGAAGGGGACUUAUGGGGUGCAGGUUACGGGGACGGGUGAGGGGGUGCUUACGGCGGAGUUUGAGGUUGGGAAGACGAGGUUUUGGACUGGGUUGUAG